CCGAGCCAUGGGUGCUGCUAACCAGCAAGCUAACUGGCUACAUGUUUACCAGCCGGCUCUUUGUGUCAUCUGCGCUUCUAAUUGUGGAAAGGCGACGACGGACCUACGAUAACAAGGGUGAAAAUAUCUCAUAGUGUCCACUUACUGCUUUUGAAGGCGUGUGUUUGAAUCCAGCGCCACUAUAAUGUGCGUAUUUUUGCUUUUCGUGUCCAAGGUGCUAAAGCUAAUAGCAAUAGCCGCUGUUUUCCGAGCACAAUCGAGGCGCUUCAGCAAGUCCGCCGCCGCCAACCUGUAGGCGGCAAUGUACUACGUGUUUUUGAACGGAGAAGAAGACGCAACUUCCUGAGGAGAUGUGGCGUUGUUUAGGUUACAAAACAGUUUAAAAUAGCUCAUUUUUAAAUUCUUAAAUGGCUUCAUUGAACUUUUUGCGAACAGUGGGCUCAUGCUGGACACUGCCGCAUACAAGCCGGCUCGUGACGAAUCGAUCGGCCGCUUUUAAAACUGUUUCGUGUCCGGCACACUGUAUGGUUGGUUGUUUGAUAAAGGACACAUGCAGGACCAGGACUACCCACAGAGCCAAUAGGAUGGAAAAAGAGUUUACUCGCUAUCUCAGUAAUGUCACAUCAAUCAAAAGUUACAGCACGUACAAUAUCCAAAUGAGCUGCUGGAAGUGUAGUGAAGCUUUUGUCAAAAGCCCUACAUUCUUCUGUUCGUCCUGUAAAGUGGUCCAGCCUCCUGAUGAGGGGGCAUCCUUCUUCAACAUCAUGGACUGUGAAUGCAUAUUUGCAUUGGAUAUUCAGAAACUCCAGAAAAGAUACUUGCAGCUCCAGCGCUCCCUGCAUCCAGACAACUUUAGCCAGAAAUCUGCGGAAGAACAAGAAUAUUCUGAACAUCAGUCAGCGCUUGUCAACAAAGCCUACAACACUCUGUUGAAGCCUUUGAGUCGUGGCCUUUACAUGCUGGAGAUGAAGGGGAUCCACUUGAACGAAGGCACGGAUCCCGGGGCGGAUGCUAAGUUUUUAAUGGAGUUGAUGGAGAUCAAUGAAUCCAUCGCGCAGGCACAGACUCAAGAGGAAGUGGAUGAGAUCAGCAAAGACACAAAAUGGAAACUAAAAGACUUGACGGAGAAGAUAGACGGCGCCCUGUGUGCAGGAGAGCUCCAAGCUGCUAAGGAACUGCUUGCCCAAAUGAAGUACUUUUCAAAUAUUGAAGAGAAAGUCAAGGAAAAACUUUCUGGAUUCAUGUAAUUUUGCUUCACUCUGACACACUCACAAAAGUUUUGCACGAGGUAUCUCUGAUGACUUGGCAUUUCUGUACAUGCAGCGUUCAUAAAGCAGAACUGCUUUGUAAAUUUGCAUGACUUUAUUUAUGUAAUCACUGGUUUUGCUUUAUCGCACGCUAUUAUUAUAAUAAAUCACUUUUUAUCCAAUUAUCAGUUCAUUUCUCUUUAGGCUCUUACAGUCACCCUUUGUGGAAAUUUUAUAGCAAGGUUAUUGUCGUUAGGUGACUAUUUUUGGUCAUUAAAACAAAAAAACAUCAUGAAUUAAUUUAAUGUAAUGUUAACAUUGUUAAUGCAUAUUGAAUUGUAUUUUUUUAAUUAACAAGCACAUUGUAACCAAAUUUAUGAGAAAUGUAAUUUCUGGAGAAAUUGCAUGGUGAUGCUUUUCUCUGCUGGUCCGUAAACUGUCACUUGUCACUUCCUGUUGAUUUUGGCGCAUUUUCAGUUCACUUAAUGGACAUUUGUUUGGAUUGUUAAGGCAGAUGUAUUACAUACAUUCGUGCAUUCGCUGCUAGCCCUCCCACAUCAAAUUGAAUGGACGUCUAUCGCCAUCAAUGGCGGCCAAUGAGUUAUAGAUGUUGGCUUUUCUUGUUUGAUUAUAUUUGAUCCAGGUGAAUCAAAUUAUCAAAAGUGAAAAAAAUAAAACUAGUACAAAAAUGAAUGCAAACUAAAGUAAAACUAAUCAUUUCAAGAAAAGUAAAAACUAGCAAAUCCACUGUUAAAACUAAAGGUAAAACUUUACUUGACAGUGGCGUCAUAAGACUGUCAUAAGACCGUCAUAAUCAUGACAUGACACUGUCAUGAGCAUUAAUGAAUGCUGAUGAAAGAUGUCAUUAAGUGUCCACCGACAAAUUAUGUCACUUUUGAAUGGAUGUAACAGAUGCAGACUGGACAUAAAUGGAGUUAGUGACAAAAUUUGACGGAUGACACUUCAUGACAUCUGUACUAAGCAUUCAUUAAUGCCCAUGACAGUCUUAUGAAAGUUUUAUGAUAUCUCUGUACAACAGUAUUACCAAGCUAAAUUAGAAAAAAUCAAAACUUUGAUAACCUUGGUCUAUAUAGUUUUACUUUUCACAGUCCAUUCAUACCUAUUAUUUUAUUUCAUAGAGACACUUGUAAUCACAUUUUAAAAAAUCUUUAUCAGCACCAGAAAAACAUGUUAAAUCCCCCGUUUCCUUUAGGUGGAGACAUUUCACUUGUUCAACCACAGCUCUAGGCAUAGUACAUGUUGUUCAGACUUGAUAUGAGACCAGUAGGAAGUCCUUUAUUGCAGCAGACAACUGUUUAAAUAAUUCAUGGUGGCCUCGUUUGUGGCAUUAACACUAUGAUAAUCAGAAAAAGCAGCUGAAUGUCGAUUACCUGAUGAGCCAGAGCUCUGUGAUCUGUGUCAUUUCCACCUGAUAAAAUGUGAAUCAUCAUGAAAAUGGAUACUUUUGCAGUACGAUGUUCAUAACCUGUAAUUACAUCCUAAAUUGGUGCAUAAAUUACAUUAAAGUUGCAGAUAUAAGAAGGAAUUCAAGUGCUGUUUGCGACAAAUUUUACAUGUAUUUGUAGUCUGAGUCAUGUUUGCAUGCAGUCCAGCGCACAUCCUGACUGGAUGAAUGUUGUUUUGCAACAACAACACACGUGGA